GGAAGUGUGUGGACUACCAAAACAGUGGCGGCCAAGUAGUUAAAGUUAGGAAUAGUCUCAAAUAUUUCAUUAACUACUUUAAUAAUCAGAGGUGAGAGAUCUCAGACAAGAAGCUACUGAUAAGUCAUGGCAACGAGCAGCAAAGGAGAAGUCAGCUUUGAUCCAAAAGAGCACCAGCACCUGCGUUACAACCCUCUGAGGGACAGCUGGGUCUUGGUGUCCGCUCACCGCAUGAAGAGGCCCUGGGCGGGACAGAUAGAAAAACCUCCUGAGGAACACAUACCCCGACAUGACCCCUGUAACCCGCUCUGUCCAGGGAACACACGUGCAAAUGGAGAGGUGAAUCCAAUGUAUGACAGCACCUUUGUGUUCAACAAUGACUUCCCUGCUCUUCAGCCAGAUGCUCCAGAUCCUGAUCCAGAUCAUAAUCCAUUGUUCCAGUCUAAAGCUGCCAAGGGCAUGUGUAAGGUCAUGUGCUUCCAUCCCUGGUCCGACAUCACCCUCCCUCUCAUGAAAAAGGAAGAGGUUGUCAAAGUCAUUGACAAGUGGGUGGAGAUCAUGGAGGAACUAGGCUCCACCUACCCCUGGGUUCAGAUCUUUGAGAAUAAAGGAGCUAUGAUGGGUUGUUCAAACCCCCACCCACACUGUCAGGUGUGGGCCAGCAACUUCCUGCCAAAUGAGCCCGCCCUGUCAGACCGCUGUCAGAGAGCCUACUAUCAAAAAUACGGAGAACCACUGCUACUGCAGUAUGCCAAGCAAGAGGCUGAGAAAAAGGUGCGAGUGGUGGUGGAGAGCUCUGAUUGGCUCGCGGUGGUUCCAUACUGGGCAACAUGGCCCUACCAGACACUGCUGUUACCACGACGACAUGUCCUCAGACUCAGUGACCUCACUGCAGAGGAGAGAGAAGAUCUGGCUGACAUGAUGAAGCGACUGCUCACCAAGUAUGACAACUUGUUUGAAGUCUCUUUUCCCUAUUCCAUGGGCUGGCAUGGAGCCCCUACUGGCCCCCAUUUAAAGGAGGACAAUUCCCAUUGGCAGCUCCAUGCUCACUACUACCCUCCUUUGCUGCGUUCAGCCACUGUCAAGAAGUUCAUGGUGGGAUAUGAGAUGCUGGCUCAGGAGCAAAGGGACCUCACUCCAGAGCAGGCUGCUGAGACGCUAAGGAACCUAUCAGAAGAGCACUAUAAAACCCGAGAUAACCCAGAGCGAGAUGGAAAGAGAGAGUAGUAAAGUAAGAGUUAGUUAUAUUCAAGCACUGAGAUAGGUGGAGGAGAGGGGAGUAAUGUCACCUUUUUUUUUCCUCUUUUCCCCUCAAGAGAACACUGUGAAAAUAAAAUUCAUAUUUCACAAUAUCACAAUAUCUUCCACAAAAGUGCCUUUACCCACAUUGGACCUGAUUAUAAGACUCAAGCUAUGAUACGGUAUACACACUUUGAGUGACUUUUAAAUGGAUUUAGUUAUGCUAUUUAUGCAUUACCUGUAUGGCCAAGGGAAUUUGAGGAGUUGUGAUUGAGGAAGGAUGGCCUUUUACCACAAUGCAUUGAUUCCUUUAUUUAAGGAGAUGAAGAAUACAAGGCAUUUUCUCCUGUUUGUGUAAAAUAGAGACUGGAAAUUAUUGGACCACAUAAGCUAUAGCUAUAUCAGCUAUAUGCAUACAUGCAAGACAUCACAGCACAAACUACAGGUCUCCUUAAUCGGAGUGUUUACAAACUCUUCAAUACUAUAUAGACAUGUUACAGCUUCAGUACAAAUGCAGCAUUUUUAUAACUGUCAGACACUUUAGUUCUUUUAUCAGAGACAUAAUUUCAGAACUGAAGGUCUUCAAUAAUUCAUCAUGCCAGCAAAGCCUAGCGCUGAGCUCCCUACUGUAAUUAUGAAAUGGAUGUUUCUUACAAAAUAUUGAAUUAAUCUGCUGUGUUUCAGGGAGAUACAAGAAGCAGCGUUUUUUUCUCCCCAUGUCUUAUUGAAUUUUAAGACAUUUAAGUUUUUGCUGUGCUUUGUUGAGAAGCUUUCAACAGCAAAGUUUGUUUUUUCUGACAACACAAUGGCUUAUUUGUGGCUCAAUAUUUUGGUUUCUUGUAAAUGUUUUCAAGUGGAAGCUAACUCCUUGAAUCACUUUGCUGUGUCAGACAGCCUCAAGCCUCAAGUGCAAUGUGUAAUGCUUAAGUUGAUAUUGACAAUAAAUAAUGAUUGCAGUGUU